CCGCUCUCUUGCUAAGCUUCCUUGUUUAUGGCGGAGCGGUUCAGUAUGUGAUCCUUCGGUUAUCUUGAAUCGUAGCAAUCCGUUUCCCGUUAAUCGUAUCUUCUCUCGCUCUUCUUCCUCUAGAAUCAUGUGCUGCAUCAUCCACAUUAGUCAUCUUGUGAAAAAAAAAGAGGGCUUGUUUAUGUAGUAACGGUUUGAGAACAGUUAACGAAAGAUGAUUAUAAACAGUAUUUCACGGACAAAACAUCGAAGUGUGGAAAAGCAUAGUAUUGUAUACUAUGAGAGUUUAUGAUUUUAACUACUGCUUUCCAAAUAAACCGUGAUGAGCAUAGAAAGAAAGAAGCUUUCGAAUUUUCUGUAUAUCCAGUAUGAUCUCCUGAUAUUAAGCUUUUUGAUUUUAUUUGCUGCUGUUGGUUCUGUGCAAGGCGAAGCCAUUACAGUAAAUGGUAAUCCACCUAUCGUAAAACAUCUCCAAUUUCCUUAUAGAACACAAUAUGCUUAUGGAGAUUUGGCUGAUUAUGGUUUUCAUCAAAAAGCACCUGCCUUCUCAAAAAAGCCUGCUAUUGUAAGCGAUAAAAUAUUCCAGAUUGAACCAUCUGAUGCAACUGAUGGUCUGAAGUAUUCACAGCCUGCAGUUAAUUACCAUCAGCUCAAUUCCUUCCCUAAUAUUAAAGUGCCUUUAUCUUCUCUUCUAAAAGACAGAAUAUUUCAAAUACCUUCUCAGCUUCAUAAUUCAGAAAAAAUGCAAGGACAAGCCUUCUCUGCUAGUAAAGUGACUGAAAAAGGCUCAUCUAAACCCAUGAGAGAUAUAAGGUACCUGGAUCCCGUGUUGGAGAAAACAUCUCAGCUGUCAGAUGCUGUUGUGGAAUCAGAGUACAAAAUCAGAGAUGGAGAUUUUGAUAAUGUCUUUUUAUCUGAUACGAGUUUUAAUGGCGAGUCAACACAUUUUUAUAAAGAAGAUAAAAAUAAUUUUACAGAUUCAAGUGAAAAUUUACUUUCUAUUUCAUCUGAUGCCGUUUUAAGUUAUGAAACUCCUGUAAAUUUUUCUAAAGAUAUAGCUGUGGAUAAACAUAGCCCUAGAUAUUCUGAGGAAGAUGUGUCUAGUCUUUAUUCAGAUACCAAAACAUCUGAAAACUCUAAUUAUAAUUUAUCAACUAACUUGCCAAUUUUAAAGACAGUUUUGCCUGAAUUUACUACUCAGACAUCUGUAGUGUUCAGCACUCAUCUGUAUAUAGAAUUUGUAAAUCAAACUAAUUCUUCACAAAAUGGUAUGAUUACACUUCCAUCCACACAUACUGAUGGAAAUAUUUCAACUGCAAUGCCAUCGUUAGAGAAUGAAACCAAUAAGCUGUCAUCAGGAACUGUUGCAGGCAUAGUAAUUGCUGUUCUAGUGUGUAUAACUCUUUUAUCAAGUGCUGUGAUAUAUCUAUUAUAUAGAAAAUACAAUGGGAAGUGUACUAGUGUAGUUGAAAGCAAGUUCAACUCUGACAACUGUGGGUAUUUAGAUGAUAGCCUGCGUAGCAGUAUAUAUUUAAAUAAUCAUAUUGAACUUCCAAAGGAAAGUUCAGAAGAGAUGACAUCUUUGGAUAAUGACUCCUUUUUAAACAGUUUAGAAACUAUGACAAUACAGAAUUAUUGGGCUGAUAAUUCUAAGAAUACAAAAGUGUAAAUAAUUUUAAGCAUGAUUUAAUAUUAUUACAAUUAAAAUUGUUUAUAACUGUAUCAUAUUUGUAUUUGUCUUUCAAAAAAUUAUUUAUAUACCUCUUGUCACAUUUUUGUUUCAAUAAUUUUAUUCAAGGUAUUCAUGUACGGUAAUAGAUAUGUGAUUUCAAAGCAAGGGAUGCUCAUAGUCAGAUCAUCCCUGUAAAAGUGACAUCUAGCUCUUGGAGCAGUAUGUUAAAAAUAAAAAAAUAAAAAAGAAAUAAAUAAAAUUAAAAAAAAGAAAAAGGAAAGAAAAAAAAAAAAAAAAGAAAAAAACGUGUGAAAGCUAUUAUAUAAAAUGCCAUAAUGUAAACACAAAAGAUUAGAAAACCGUUGUAGUGUAAUAUUACUUAGCCAAUUAUCUCAUAGUGUUUUCUUAGAUUCUGUUUUAUUUUAUUAUAAUAAAAUUUUAUUUUAUUAUAAUUCUUAGAUUUGUUUUAUUUUAUUAUAAUAAAAAAGUCUAAAACUGAAAAGUAUUUAUGUGCCAGUAUUGCAUACCAUUUUUACCUUUGUUGAUAACUGUGUAACUUCAAAAUAAAAAUUAAACUGUGAAGCUAAAAUAAAGGUAUCUAAAUGCUUAUAUCUUGCAUGCCUUUUAUGGGCUUGCUGGUAACUGUAAUUUCUUGUGAUACUUGUCUUUCAAACAUUGAAUGUAACUUAAAAUAAGUAUAAGAUAAAGAUUGAUGAUCUUGUAUUUCCUUUCAAACUUUCUUUACAUGCAGUUUUUUUUAAUUUAUUAUUUAAUUUGCUUUAGUGUACUAAAAUAAGUUAUUGUUUUGAUUCUCUGGAACUCUAUUUACAUAAAUCACUACUUAGAUUUAAAAAAAAAAGUGGUUUAAAUGUGUAUUUAUAUGGAAAGUUAACUAAUGUAUUAGUUGUCUUUUUCCACGUGUUCAUUUUGUUUUUUAAAUUUUGUACGUGUAUUUUGCAUUGUCUGAUAUUUAGAAAAAAGCACAUGUUUAUUUCACAAAAUGUCUUUAGUAUUUACUUCCCACUUGAUUAACAGUACUUUAAAAAAGCCUUUUGUUCUUCAUUCAUUGUUUGUAUUAAAAGAAAUAUAUAAGUGAAUGUUUACAUAACGAGUCAUAAAAUAUUUCUUCACAUUUGUAAAAACCUCGUAUGAAUAAAGAUUUUAUUUAAAGGA